AACGUCAUGAAGUGACAGCAGCAGCUCGCGGUGAGUGAGCCCGUUUCCCUUCGAGCUCCGAGGCGGAUAUUUCAGCGAGCGAUCGGACGAAAUCUAGUGUCCGUGUGGUCGAUCAGACCUCCGAUUCCCGGCCUGGCCAUGGACGAGCAGGCGGGCCCCGGUGUGUUCUUCAACAACAACAACAACUCGGUCCUCCCCGGAGCGAAAGCGCCUCAGCCGGGCGACGGCGGGGACACGGCCCGCGCUCAGUACAGUAUUCCGGGGAUCUUACACUUUCUCCAGCACGAGUGGGCCCGUUUUGAGGUGGAACGAGCCCAAUGGGAGGUGGAACGGGCCGAACUGCAGGCUCAGAUCGCUUUCCUGCAGGGCGAGAGGAAAGGCCAGGAGAACCUGAAGAAGGACCUGGUGCGACGGAUAAAGAUGCUGGAGUACGCUCUGAAACAGGAGAGGGCGAAGUACCACAAGCUGAAGUACGGGACCGAACUCAACCAGGGCGACAUGAAGCCUCCCAGCUACGACUCCGAUGACGGCACCGAGAACGAGGCUCUUCCUGAACCGGCCAAUAGCCAGCUGAGCUGGAAACAGGGUCGCCAGCUGCUCAGACAGUACCUGCAGGAGGUGGGCUACACCGACACGAUCCUGGAUGUGAAGUCUCAGCGGGUCAAAGCUCUGCUGGGAUUGGCCGGAGACAGUGGAGAGCGACCCGGAGACCAGCGGCCCGAGCCCAUGGUGAACGGCACCGAGCCGAGCGAGCUGAGGGACCAAACCAGCAUGAUCGGUAAACCCGAGAUGUCGGACUCGGCCACGGUUCUGGAAGCCUUCAAGUUCAUCGAGAAAGCGGCGGCAGAGUUCAGCGAUGAAGAUGAGGAUGAUGAUAGUGAGGGACAGAACAAGACCAUCGUGGACAUCGCCACCAUGGUGAGGAGGAAGGUUUCUCCGUCGCCCUCCUCUUCCUCCGCAGACAUGAGUGAUGAUUUGGACACAGAUGAAGUUCUGAAGGGCUUUGAUUUCCUGGCUAACAGUGAAGACAUGGAGGGCCCGUCAGAAACACACUCCUCUGCGGACAGAGCCGACUGGGAGAAGGAAGAGCAGAGCCCCUCGUCUGAGUCCUGGGACGUGGAUGAGGGCCUGAUCUCUAAACUCAAGGAACAGUACAAGAAGGAGCGCAAGGGCAAGAAGGGGGUGAAGAGGCCGAACCGGUGUAAGCUACAGGACAUGCUGGCUAAUCUGCGAGACGCGGAGGAUUUGUCGUCUAUUCAGCCUCCGGUGGCGCCGCCGGUGCGUCCCAACUUACCCCGCCUCAACGAGAACCAGCUGGGCCGCACCGAUGAGGUGGAAGCCUUGACCUUUCCUCCGUCCUCGGGGAAGUCCUUCAUCAUGGGUUCAGACGAGGCGCUGGAGAGCGAGCUGGGUCUGGGAGAACUGGCCGGACUCACCGUGGCCAACGAGGCCGAGACUCUGUCCUACGACAUCACUAACAACAAAGACGCCCUGCGCAAGACGUGGAACCCGAAGUUCACCCUCAGGAACCACUUCGACUCGAUCCGCGGCCUGGCGUUCCACCCGGUGGAGCCGGUUCUGAUCACCGCGUCUGAAGACCACACGCUGAAGAUGUGGAACCUGCAGAAGACGGCACCCACCAAGAAGUGUGCAGCUCUGGAUGUCGAGCCCAUCUACACGUUCAGGGCUCACAGGGGUCCGGUUCUGUGUGUGGUGAUGAGCUCGACUGGAGAGCAGUGUUUCAGCGGCGGCUUAGACGGAUCCAUUCAGAGCUGGAACACUCCCAACCCCAACAUCGACCCCUACGACUCCUACGAGCCGUCAGUGCUGCGCGGGUCGUUGUGUGGACACACAGAUGCAGUGUGGGGAUUGGUCUACAGCUCGGCUCAUCACACACUGCUGUCCUGCUCCGCUGACGGGACCGUGAGACUCUGGAACGCUGCAGACGCUGCUCCCGCCAUCGCCCUCUUCAACCAGAACCAAGAACUGGGCGUCCCGUCGUCAGUGGAUCUGGUGUGCUGUGACCCGGCUCACAUGGUGACGUCCUUCAGCAACGGCAGGACCGGCAUCUUCAACAUGGAGACCCGACAGAUGGUCCUGGAGCUGGAGUCGCAGGCCGCCGGGAAGCCCGAUGCGCCGUGUCAGAUCAAUAAAGUCCUGAGCCACCCCACGCUUCCCAUCACCGUAACGGCACAGGAGGAUCGGCACAUACGCUUCUUCGACAAUAACACCGGCAAGUGUAUUCACUCUAUGGUGGCUCAUCUGGAUGCUGUAACCAGUCUCGCGGUGGAUCCCAACGGACUCUACCUGAUGUCCGGCAGUCACGACUGCUCCGUGCGUCUGUGGAACAUGGAGAGCAAGACGUGCAUCCAGGAGUUCACGGCUCACCGGAAGAAGUUCGACGAGUCGAUCCACGACGUGGCGUUUCAUCCCACCAAAUGCUACAUCGGCAGCGCGGGAGCCGACGCCCUCGCUAAAGUCUUCGUAUGACCUCUGACCUCCGACCCAAACCGCUUCCACGACCUCGAAGCUGAUGAUCCGGGCGGGCCUGGUGCUCGAGGGGAAGCACACACACACACACACACACACACGAGGAGCGUCUCGGCUCCUCCUCCGUUCAGCCUCACAGGAAGUGACACGCUUCCUAGAGUAAUUUCUUUAUUUCCCUUUCAUUAUGUCUCUCCUGACGUGAGCAUUAUUUCUCUCCUUUUAAACGACGUGCCUUUUGCUUCAAACAGUCUCGAGAAAGUCGGACUCCGUUCCUCUCCGGCGAGUGGAAACACACUUUUAAACUCAAAUACGGCAAAUUAUGAUCGCGCGCUCUAGAGCCGGGUGGUCUGAACACACCGAAGCGAGCGUCAGGUCCGGGUCCGGGCCGCGCUGGUAAUUUAUUCAAGACUAUCUGUACAUAAUAUAACACGAAAACGACUAUGGGACAUAAACCAAUCAAGACGCUCCAGAGUCACAUGACCAGCGCGUCAUUAAGAACAGAAGGAUCUCUCUGUUAGAUAUGCUAACUCUGGAUUCUGUGGCGAGUCCGUCUUCUUCAAACAUCACGAGCGCUAACGUUGAAUUAAUAAUAUUAAUAUUUUAACGCGUAAACCUGCGGUUUCUCCCGGAUCGGAUUAAACUCCGUUUGCCUGUUUCUGGAUGUUUUUCUUUUUAAAAGCGGCCCGUCUGUGAAACCCUCUCGCUCAGAUCCCUAACGCUGAUCGCUUGAUUAGAGUUUAUGAAUAUUUGUGAUUAUGCAGAAAUAGUUUGAAUGUGUUGCAGUUUUUGACCAGCUGUACUCCGAGUACAACGAUUCGGGAUCUAUAUUUGUCUGAAAUCUGUGAUGUUUAUUUAUUUUUGCCUUUUUUUUAUCUUUUGUUUCGCCUGUGAUGCCAAAUGAGUAACUGGUGAUCCGGUCCGCGUGAUUGGCCCUCGGAGCGCGUGGCUCGCCCGUGUCGCUGCACAGGUGGUGGUUUAUGUGUUUGAUAUGUGAUCGUUGGGAACAGAUGCUAGUGUUUUUAUCAUUGUAUGACUGGUGAUCGGUCGCAGAUAGAUCGUAACCCACGUUUUUUUUAUUUGAACUCUUCUGCUUUAUCUGAUUGGUCUGUGAUUACUUGAACUCUAGACGUGCGUGUGCAGGUCUGCGUGUUUUUAACUGCUAGGAUAGAGAUUUCUGCUGUUACGGGGAUCGUUGGCCUUUACGCGACGUCACGAGCACUACGCGAGAACUGAGUGUUUGUGUGUUUCCUUCAGGCGGGAGUUUGCUACUCGACCAAAUGUUGUUAAAGGACUAGUUCAGCCAAACAUGAAAAUGUCAGCGUUUACUCGCCCUCAAACCCGGGGGACUUUCUCGCCAAUUUUUUUUUUUUAAGUUAUGUGACUUUUUAUAUCACAAUUGUGACGUUUUUCCUCUAAAUUCUGAGGGGGAAAUAUUGCGAUAAUUUCUCGCAAUUACAACUCACAAUUUACUUUUAUCCUCAGAAUUGACAAAACAACAUAGUAAUUACGAGGAGAAUACGAUAGGGCUUUAAUGUCUGAAUUGCGAUAUAUAAACUUGAAAUUCUGUGGGGAAAAUUUUCAAAAUUGUGAUAUGCGCGCUAUUAAAAAUGGUAAUUAGGACUUUUAAUAUCACAGUUUUUACUUUCUCACAACUUUGCGUCUGUAUUCUCCGAACUUUGAGAAAAAAAAGAUUGUCUUGCGAGUUACUCAAAGUAAUUGCAACCUUUUGUUGACAUUUUUUCUGAAUUUUGAGUUUAUUUCCCAAAUCUGAGGGAGAAAAAACAAUUGUGAAUAAUUUCUCGCAAAUUUAAAACUCAAAAUUGACUUUUUUUCUCAGAAUUGAAGGACAAAAUAGGAUAAUAAGCCUGAAUUGUGAGAUAUUGGCUAUUCUUGCAAUUAAAAAUAAUACUUUUGACACUUAAUGAUCUGCUCAUUUUAAGGUGUUGAACAGAAUCUCCACGCGAGGGUGAUUAAAUACUCAUUUUUUUCAUUUUUGGAUUCUUCUCCUUUAAAUCUGAGGCACGUCUGACGUUAAGCUCAGAGCGCGCGCGCGCCGGUGUGGGACGUUGAAAGGGAACCGUGUGCGUGUUUUCGUACUAGUAAAUAUAUUUUCUGAUUUCGUUCAUUCUCGGUGCGUAUUAAUUUUAGAUAUAUAAGAAUCUCAAUAUGUAUAGUUUUAAAGUAUUGAUCAUCAAUCUAUUUAUGAACCAGAAAACAGUGUAUAUUAAAAUUGCGACGCUAACUGAGGAUGAGAGGCUGUAGUGCUGGAGAGAGUAGUUCGCGCCACCUGCUGGUCAGAGAUGGGAACUGGACAGCGGACUCGGCUACUGAACAUACUCAAGUGCUAAACGGAGAUUUAAUAACCGGUUACUGAUCGAUCGACGCGCUUCUAUGAUUAUCGGAAACAUUUGAGUUAAGAUGGAGAUUUUGAAGGGAGUUUGAUUGGACGAUCGGGCUGUGACGUCACACUCGAGACGUGUUCCGGUUCCGCCUGUAUAGAGCUGUCACUGAACUUUUACCCUUUUGGUUGUAUAGAGAGAGUGGAAAGAUUGUUAAUAAAUGCUAUGCUCCUCUUGUAAAUAUUUUAUUAUUGAUAUUACAGUUUAUUCUUGAUUUCUUGUUGUAUUCUUUUUUUUUUCCUCAGAUGGACAUUUAUCAAUAUAAUACAAUAAUAAAAGAAUAUGUUGUAUUUCA